UGGCAACACGAUGCGGUCCUUGCUGCUGUUCACUUUCUCGGCGUGCGUGCUGCUGGCCCGGGCGCUGCUGGCUGGCGGCGCGAGCAGUGGCGGCGGGGACACCCGGCCAGACAGCAGGCGCCGGGAGAGAGAGGCGCUGGCGGCUCAAAAGAUCGAGGUGCUUGUGCUAUUGCCCCGGGACGAUUCCUACUUGUUCUCGCUGGCCCGGGUGAGGCCGGCCAUCGAGUACGCGCUGCGUAGCGUGGAGGGCAAUGGCACCGGGAGGAAGCUGCUGCCACCGGGCACUCGCUUCCAGGUGGCCUACGAAGACUCGGACUGCGGCAAUCGUGCGCUCUUCAGUCUGGUGGACCGCGUGGCGGCGGCGCGCGGCGCCAAGCCGGACCUCAUCCUGGGGCCCGUGUGCGAGUACGCGGCGGCGCCGGUGGCCCGGCUGGCGUCUCACUGGGACCUGCCGAUGCUGUCCGCAGGAGCUCUGGCCGCCGGUUUCCAGCACAAGGACACGGAGUACUCGCACCUCACGCGCGUGGCGCCCGCCUACGCCAAGAUGGGAGAGAUGAUGCUCGCUCUGUUCCGCCACCACCACUGGAGCCGCGCUGCCCUGGUCUACAGCGACGACAAACUCGAGAGGAACUGCUAUUUCACCCUCGAGGGGGUCCAUGAGGUUUUCCAGGAGGAGGGUUUGCACACGUCUGCCUACAAUUUCGACGAGACCAAAGACUUGGACCUGGACGACAUAGUGCGCUACAUUCAGGGCAGUGAGCGAGUGGUGAUCAUGUGUGCCAGCGGUGACACCAUCCGGAGGAUCAUGCUGGCGGUGCACAGACACGGCAUGACCGGUGGAGACUACGCUUUCUUCAACAUUGAACUCUUCAACAGUUCUUCCUACGGAGAUGGCUCGUGGAAGAGAGGAGACAAACACGACUUUGAAGCUAAGCAAGCAUACUCAUCCCUCCAAACAGUCACCCUACUGAGGACCGUGAAACCUGAGUUUGAGAAGUUUUCCAUGGAGGUGAAAAGUUCUGUUGAGAAACAAGGGCUCAAUGAGGAGGAUUACGUGAACAUGUUUGUUGAAGGGUUCCAUGAUGCCAUCCUCCUCUACGUUCUGGCUUUACAUGAAGUGCUGAGAGCUGGCUACAGCAAGAAGGAUGGGGGAAAAAUCAUCCAACAGACUUGGAACAGGACAUUUGAAGGUAUCGCCGGGCAGGUGUCCAUAGAUGCCAACGGGGAUCGGUAUGGGGACUUCUCCGUGGUUGCCAUGACUGACACAGAAGCAGGCACCCAAGAGGUCAUUGGUGAUUACUUUGGAAAAGAAGGUCGGUUCAAAAUGCGAUCGAACGUCAAGUAUCCUUGGGGCCCUUUGAAACUGAGAAUCGAUGAAACCAGGAUUUUGGAGCAUACCAACAGCUCUCCUUGCAAAUCAUGUGGCCUAGAAGAAUCCGCAGUGACAGGAAUUGUUGUGGGGGCCCUACUAGGUGCUGGUUUGCUAAUGGCCUUCUACUUUUUCAGGAAGAAAUACAGAAUAACCAUUGAGAGGCGAAAUCAGCAAGAGGAAAGCAACAUCGGGAAACACCGAGAGUUACGGGAAGAUUCCAUCAGAUCACAUUUUUCUGUGGCUUAAAAGAUAUGCCCCUCUCACUCUGUCUGCCUGAGAUUCCUUAAAGAGAUAGAUGGAAGGACAAACAUCAACGGAACAGAAAGGGUGUUCUCAGAGAAUUCAUUCUUCUAAAUAGUAGUCAUUUCAUUUUAAAUUUUCUUUAGAAGCUCAGGAAUGAUUAUUAAUCACUAUCUGCCUUCUGGCCUUUCAUCUCAUGGCAAACAAAUAUAAUGAUAUAACGUAAUCCCGUUAAGUGUUCUAGCUGCUGGAGGGGCAUCGGAGUAGGUUUAUGUCUUGAAAGUCUGGUGUCUGCAUAUCUUGAUUGCUUUGGGAGCAUUUCACAAGAGGAUAUAAAAAUGUGGUUUUUCUGAAAUGAAAUGUUUUGUAGCUAGAAUAAAACAAUUUUUACAAGUAGAAUAUUCUUGGAAAGAAUUUAACACCCAAUAAGAGGACAAUGGAAUGAAAGAAGUCUCAAGGCUGGGAAUGCAGUGCCCCUCUCUCUGGAACUGGGAGACAGGUUUGUGGUUGAGGAGGGUUGCGUCCAACGCCCACAUUCAGGUCUGACUCCAUAGCUUAAGAAAGGGUCUUCCCUGUCUCUUUUAGUGUUUCAUCAAAGCUACUCUGGAAAACUGUAAAUAUUAGUGAGCUAGGAGGAUUUAUAUAAGAAAAAUGAGUCUAAAAAUGUUUCUUUUAUUAUGUAAAAAGAAAGCCCUACUUCACACUAACAUUUUAUUUUUAAGUAUUUUAAUCUUAUAUUUUGGUAUUAGAAAUGUGUCUAUUUUUUCAUUUUGAAGAUUAAAUUUCACUUAUAGUUUAAAGAGCACGGAGGAGGUGUGUGACAAAUCUGUGGUGAGGAAAGAGUGAUUCUCUUUUUCUCUGCUGUCCUCUGUUCUUUGGCUGUGGCCAAUACAAACUGCUGCUCUGGCUGAAGAUGCACAGAAGUCUGUUCAGCUUAAAAACUCUGAAGGAAUACAUUGAUGUUAAGCUGUUGUUCAUUUUGGACUGUUUUAAAUGUAUGUUAUUGGAGGGCUACAUCCCUUCUAACUAUGGCCAAGUGAUGCUCUUCAAAACCAGUAGACUUAGGCAGAGACUAUGAAGAAAUGCAUCUCCUUUCCCUCAAGAACAAGCAGACAGAAUUUGACAGCAAGACACAGUGGUGAUACAUUUUAAAGAAUUGCAUGCGGCUUAAUCAAAAUUUGAGGUGAUGAUUUUGAUUAAAGGAAAUGUUGAUAUCUGCUGUGUCCCUUUAACCUCAUAAGACUUCUGCAGCCACCACAAAUCGCACAUAGCUUGGACAGUGAGCUAGAACAGACAAGGGCAGCAUGGUCAAGACUAAGCAGGUUUUGGCUGGCAAUCCUCUUUGCACUCAGUUUAAAUUCGGGCUCCUACUUUAUCGUUUGAGGAGAGAACAAGGGUAUCAACUUGUAAUUAUGCCUUUCUUGGUGACAUUUUGAGCAUCUGAAACACAGUUUAAAGGGGAGAAGUUAAAUAAUUUCUUGGAGGUCAUACAUAUCCAUGCAGGUAACUGUGGAGGAAGUCGAGCAAGCUCUGGAAGCUAGCUUUCUGGAGAAGGAGUGUAUCACACCGUAUUCUCUUACCUUCACCUCAUUGAGUCAAAGUCAAUGGGCUGCAUCUGUGUGGGGUGAACUUCUUUAUGGCUCAGGAAAUGAGAUGCAAACCACAUGAUAAAAUGAAUUAGCUGUCGAAGAAUGGAAGGAGGUACAUUGUGGUUCUGCAUGUAGGAUAUUGAGGGAAAGGUGCUGACUUCAGAAAGAGCAGAAAGAGUAGGCCAGAAAGGUAAACUUCAAAAUGCUAAUCCAGGAGGCGAGCUUGUGGAGCACAACUCAGGAAGGCAGAGGCUGAUGGUUAGGGACUCACAUAAUGAAGACAGAUAGGCAGAUGGCAACCACCCCAGCUCUCAGAACCAGAGGGCUGCUUGUUUCUCUCUUUCAUGUUCAAUGAUGUUUUCCCUGUGUUUCAGAGAUAUUCAUUUUUUAAUGUUUAUUUUUUGAACCUGUGUGUUAAUUACAGGAGGAUGGCAUUAGGGAAAGUUCUCUACCUGGCUAUGUUCUUUGGGUGUAAAUGUGUCUAAUCCUUUCUUGAAUUUAUAUAGUGGCCCAUUAAUGGUAGCAUUGUUACAACAAGUAUCUUUUAUUUCUGCUCCAGUUAGAGGAAUUGUUCCAAGGUUAAUAGCAUAUUCCCAGAUUAGAUCUUAAAGAUGAGAAGGGAGCUAGCCUUUUUAUUUUAUUUUUAAAAAACAGGGUGAAUCAUGAGGUCCCUGGAGUCAUUUCUAAUAUUAUUAAGGUUGAUUGCUCAUUUACAUCUCUACUGUAUAGUUUGUCUUUUUUGAAUGUCUUUACAUGGCUAGGCAAGGUAGCCCGUGUCUUUAAACCCAGCACUUGGGAGGCAGAAGCAGGGGGAUAUCUGUGAGUUUAGGGCCAGGAUGGUCUGCAUAGUGAGUUUUAGGUCAGCCGUAGUUACACAGUUAGACCUUGUCUCAGAAAGAAUAAGUCUUCAUAUGAGUUGCCAAAACAUCAUUAAGUUUUGAAAACACCACUAAGUUGGGAAACCUUCUCUGAGAGUAUAGAUGUUUGUUCCAUGGUGGCCUUGGGAUUGAUAUUGUAUUGUAGAACUUAAAUCCCUAACUGCUAAGCAACAACUUUGGCAAUCGGUCCUUCAUAAUGUACCAGUAGUCAACUAUUACAUAAUAAACAAAAUGGGUCUUUAGUUCUUAAGCCAUUCUAUAAAUUUUUUACUCUUAAAUCCAAUGAUCAAGGUUUCAAAGGGGGGGAGUAUUUUAUUGAUAUUUUUCAUAUUUGGUCAAAUAUAAGUUCAUAUGCAAGUUAAAAUAAGAAUAUACCUAUGGUGAUGGAAAGAAACACAAAUUUUAUAGCCAAUAUUAUUGUCUUAGAUUUGGGAGAGAAGCUGAAUUCAGAAAUAAAACUUUCUGGAUAGAGUCAUAUCUAUUCCCAACACAGAGGUUUCACACUGAAUCCGUCAACAUGUACUGUUUUCAAGAACAGUAAGUGUGUCUUUUCCUGAACCACAGACAGAAUUCCACAUGUCUUGAAAUAGUUGUUUACAUUUCAGAAUUCAUGGAGGAGAGGGAGAAUCCUAUGGAAUGAGAGCAGACGCCCCAUCCCCACUUCCUUCCUCUUUCUCUUGAAUGAAAAACUUUGGAAUGCCAAGUCACUUCCCCCUGCUUAUAGGCUUCCUGUGCCUUUGAUGAAGGCACAUCUACCUUCUGUGUCCCUAACUUACCUCUUUUCUUCUGGUUGGGACUGAUUAUAGGAGUCUAAGACAGGCAGUGGGAAGUGAAAAAGGGAGGCCUUUUAUAGCUCAGACAGAGAGUGGGUUCAGAAAUGGUUUCCAGUGGCACCAUUGAUUCUUGAAGCAGGGCUACUUGUGCAGGUUUUUUAAAUUCGUCACACACACACACACACACACACACACACACACACACGAAAAAGAGAACGAAAGAAUAGUGUUUAUAAUUGGAAAAUCCUAGGACCUAUGUUUGUUGAGACACAAAGAGCUCAAGUCCCUAAUGGGUGCAGCUACAAAGGCAAAUGUCAAUUGAAAUUUGGCCCUCUACCUGUUUGUGUAGUUACACCCAGAGGUUCAGGACUUCAGAAGAAAGCUAUUAAUGAGCUGAAUUUCUCAUUCAGUGAAAAAAACAGAAACUGUCUAGAAACACAGGAUGCUUUAGGGGCAGCAGAGAAGUAGGGAGAAUGAGCCAGUGGCACUGGAGGGAUCCGUCGCUCUUCCAGUUGGUCUUUAGAAUGGAAGAAUAAUGAACAGUUUAGACCUUCCUCAAUAGCCAGUGCCACAAGAAGGGCUGGACAUGCCCAGAGAGAAGAACCAGGAGCUUAUGUCUCCAGGGUGACAGAGAGAAGUUUGCCGCUGACACGGGCUCUACUGUUCUUCCCAGAGCUCCAUCUGCCACCCAUCACAUCUCUAUGGAUAUGUUAGCACCUUUUCCGUGCAGGUGGGAACCUGUGAGGAGGACUGCACAUUUACUCAGAGAAAAAGACAAACUAGCACCUCUGUGAGGAGGUAGCUGGCUUCUCCUCAGAAGCCUGACAGUAACUUGACCAUGUAUGCCCUUGGACAGUUCUCGUCUGUGCUUUUCAUGUAUGCUAAGGAGCCUGGCUUUGUUCUCAGCAUAUGAAUUUCUCAGAUGUCUCCUGCAGGCCUAUGGGAUGAAAAUAAUCCUCAAAAGGCACCAAGUUGGAAGUUGUUCAAAUCUCUCAUUAACCACUAAUGUUAAUUCACCCCAAACUCGGAGCAUUCUGAGCCAGCUGAUGCUGGUGUUUCUGUUUUACGUCACUUCCAACAUAAUCGAAAGGAUUUCAAUGAGAGCUGACUCUCGGAGGUAAAAAUAAACGUGUUACAAAACUCUUCAGUCUAUCAGGUAUCAUAUGAUUCCUAGUGGAGAGAUUUGAACAAGCAGACUUUAUAGUUAAUAAGACACGUUCCAUUUCUUUGAUUCAUAUUUAAAGACAUAAAUUUAUAUGCACAGGAACAAAGGGUCCGUUGACCAAAGUGUGAAUUAUAACAGGCUACCAAGUUUGUUUUUAUUUUCUAGAACAAAGCUGUCAAAGUGUAUACUUAUUAUUGGAUAGAGAAAGAGUUAUUUCUGCAAAGAAAGAGGAAAACAUGGGUUUUGACAUGGACUAUCUUAUUCAUUAUUCAAUGCCUGUGUCUGAACGUGUUCAAUGUGGUGUAGCUUAUAAGUCAGCAAUGAAGUGUUCUCAGCAGGCCAGAAUCAGAGCUUUGUUCCCUGUGCAUAACUGAAACCAGGGGCUCAUGAGCUAGGCGUUGCAGAAGGUCAGUCCCACGAGCUUGUGUCUUUUGAGCCAUUUUGUUCAUGGAUAAUUUAAAUAUAGGACCAUCAAACAGUACAAACUUACCCUGAAUCCGGUGGAAAUGUCAAAGCCACACCAGCUACACAUAGCUUACUAUUCUAAUGUAAGUAGAACUAUCUGCAUAUAAUGUGAUUUAAUUUAUUGUUGUUUUGUGUAGAAAGCAAGGACUAAUGACUGUGGAUAUAGCCCUGUUUUGUAUAAUAUAUUUUAUUUCUGGUGCAAAAUUGGUCAUUGAAGCAAUAUAUUUCAUUUGGUGUUUGGAUAUAAAUGUGUAUGUGUUCUUGUAAAGGUUUCUAUUCAGCAAGAAUAGCACAUAGCCCAAAUAUAACAAUAUGUUCUCAUUAAAAGUAUACUCUACAGAAA